AUGGCAUCUAGGGUUACACAGGCUAACCACAAGUUGUACAAGCAGAAACUCGAGGAGCUGACCAAGCUCCAGGAUGGCAUCUCCAGCUCCAUCGCACGGCAGAAGAAGAGGCUGAAGGAGCUGUCUCUGUCCCUAAAAAAAUGCAAGGCCCACGUGAGUCCUGAACAGGAGGAGUCCAUCCAAGAGACCCAGAGCCUGAUAAAAGAGAGGCAGAAUGUCUUCUUUGAGAUGGAGGCCUACCUGCCGAAGAAGAAUGGGUUGUACUUGAGUCUGGUGCUUGGGAACGUGAACGUCACACUACUCAGCAAGCAAGCUAAGUUUGCAUAUAAAGAUGAGUAUGAGAAGUUCAAGCUCUACCUCACCAUUAUCCUGCUCAUUGUGUCCUUCUCCUGUCGGUUCCUCCUCAACUCCAGGGUGACAGAUGCUGUCUUUAACUUCCUCCUGGUGUGGUACUACUGCACCCUUACCAUUCGGGAAAGCAUCUUGAUCAACAACGGAUCCAAAAUCAAAGGCUGGUGGGUUUUCCAUCACUACGUCUCCACUUUCCUCUCAGGUGUCAUGCUGACUUGGCCAGACGGGCUCAUGUACCAGAUGUUCAGGAACCAGUUCCUCUCCUUCUCCAUGUAUCAGAGUUUUGUGCAGUUCCUCCAGUACUACUAUCAGAGCGGGUGCUUGUAUCGGCUUCGAGCGCUGGGUGAGAGGCACAAUAUGGAUCUCACUGUAGAGGGCUUCCAGUCCUGGAUGUGGAGAGGCCUCACGUUCCUGCUUCCCUUCCUCUUCUUUGGACAGUUUUGGCAGCUCUACAAUGCCAUCACCCUCUUCCGUCUGAUGCAGCACCCAGACUGCAAGGAGUGGCAGCUCUGUGGCUCCUGCAGGUCCUCAUGUGUGGCCUCCCGUUCUUCAUCCUCUUUCUGGGGAACUUCUACACCACCCUCCGUGUCGUCCACCAGAAGUUUCAGAAUCAGAACAAAGACACAAAGCAAAAGUGAAGGAGGGGGGGCCAGCAUGGAGGCCAAGAUGGUUUCUCUCCGCUGUCUCCAUCUCCCAACUCCUCUUCUUGCCUCGAUGCCGUCCAGACUGAUGUGUCUUGCCCCAUUCCUUUGAAGCAGGCCUGCCCAGACACGGGACAGAGCUCAGGGCCUGCUACCAAACAGACUGUGUUCACCGUAGUGCUGGAGCUGCGUGCCCAAGCCACUAACCUGGAGGCAGAAACACUGGGCAGCUCCUGUCCUGUCUGCCUUCCUCCUCCAGGAGGAGCAGGGUGUCUGGGACAGCUGCUUCCCUUCUCUUUGCCCUGAAGGCAUUUUUGGGAUGGUUCCCUGGGGUCAAGCCCAGCUCUGCCAGCACUCUGCUGCAGGCAGGAAAGCAGUCCAAGGUGCCUGGCUUGCACUAAUACCUGUGGUGCAAGGCCCCGUCCAGGGCUGCUGGUCGCCUCCUUCACUCAUCACCUCCCAGGGUAGAUGCUCUUCCUCUUCUUUCCCCAGACCUGCAGCCAGGGCAGCCCCCCUGGGUGAUAACAGAGGUAGACAAGGCCUCUCCUUGUCUCAUCAGUUGUGAGCAACUGCUUCCCUGGCUGUCCUAGCAGCCUCCUUUGCUUUCUGGGGCAGCUGGAGGCCACGCGUGUGCUGGCUUCCAGGAUGAAAGUGGGAGCAUUGUACCACAGUUCCUCCCCUCCCUUCAAGAGACAGGAGAGAGGGGGCCGAGGUGGAGGAGCUGUUCUUGGCAAGCGCUUGGUUUUCAGGGUGCUGGGUUGGGUCCUGGCUGCUCAUCAGCCGUGUGGCGCUCCUCAGAGCUGUGCUGCUCCAUCUGCAGCACGAGGGGUGGGUGGGAGCAGCACGAGUCCAAACCAGGCUUCACUCUGGAGCUGUGCAAACAGCACCCUCGUCUUGCAUCUCUGGAGGAUGCACAUGCAAAAAUAAAGGGAAGGUGCUUCCUUGGUUUGCUGGAGUCUCAGAACAAGUUGCACAACCCUGCUCUGCGGUUAUGGCCUAUCUGGCAGCACACCCAGGCCUCUGAAUCCAAAAUGCUGAGUGGAGAGAGACAACCAGCUCCAAGUGCCCCCACAGCAGCCCCAGGGAUGGAGUGCUCCUCAGCAGGGUGCAAUGGGACAAGGGUUGAAUGAAGCCAUACCAUGAGCUGCCAGGCUCCCUCCCGUGCUCCAGCCCCCAGCCUGCACAGCCCAGUGGCACUGGCUGUGGCCCCAGCUUUGCAUGCAGAAGAAAGCUGUUCAGGGGUAGAGCAGGACUUCAGUCCCUCUAGAAACUAGAGGGAAGAGAAGCCCUAGACUUCAGGGAAACUCCUGAAAAGUUGGGAACAAAAUAACAUUUCAAUCCAGAGCUGUCUGACCUGCCACAAGUUUGUGCCUACACUGCUAGACCUGCCCACCUAGUACACUGCUGCCAUCUUCACCUCCCUGGCAGGGCUCAGCACCUCAGGGUAGCAGCUGUCCCCAGCAGACAGCUCCAGGUCAGGCUAAACCCACACUUGCAGCCUGGUUCCUUCCCCCAGGUUAGGGCAGGUCGUGGAGGUUUUCCCUGUGUGAGGAGGGCUGCUGGGUGGCAGCAGUUGCUUCCCCUGCUGCCCUCUCCCCUCCAGCCAAGCAGUGGAAGGACAGGAGGGCAGGAAGCAAACUACAGAAACAGUGUUUUUAUUCCAAGGGCAAAGUAUAUUUAAAUAAUUUACAGUCAUUGGAUAGCCUGAAAGUUUUUCCAUGAUAAAUCACAAAGAUGUUAAAAUAAAAACAGUAUUUAAAAAAUGA